CGCCGCCAUCUUGAGCUAGAGAGAAAGUGUGUUAGUUGUCUUGUCUUACCAGGUCUUUUUCUCAAACACAGCAUGUCUGACAGCGACGAUUCACAAUAUUCGGAUGAGGUACGAGGCUUUUAUUUUUUCCUCUACUAUUUUAUGUAUAUAUUACCUCUUAGUUUAUUUGUGUGCAGCAAUUUUAUUGUUCUAAAAUUUCAAACCUGUGUAGGAACUUUCUGGUGUACGUGAGUAGUUUGCACAAAUUAUAAGGGAAAGAAACUCUCCAAAUAUUUUAAUAAAAUAAGUCGUAGAGGUUAUUUGUUAAUGCAGCUUCACAUUUCUUUUCUCUAUUUUGCUCCGGGUGCCACUAAAUAUGUUAAAUUUUACAUCGAAUCGCGAUUUAGCAUGUACGUGUUACCACAUUCGAAUUAGUCCUGUUUAUUACACAUGAAAAGCUUGAGUUGCGAGCUGUACGCAGCUUUCUUAGGUUACUUUUUUGUUAAAAAUUUCUGUGGUAAAGGUGGUCAUUUUUACCUUAUCAGUCGGUAUAUUCCGUAGUUCCAAUAGCAUUUGGCACGAAUGGGUAUUUUUCUAAUGGCAAACGGUUAGUUUUGAACGAGAGUCUCCUCUUCCCUGGGAGGUCUGAGCUCUCCAGGCAAUUUGGUUAGAAGGGCUAACGCUCAAAUUGUCAGCCUUUAAACUCUUGUUUUCAACUCAGUUGUUAACACUAAAUUAUUUGUUAAUGGUGUUGUGUAGGAAGGCGAGGAUAUCACUAGGGAAGAGGAUGAUGAAGAAGUUGAUGAUGACGAAGAAGACGAUGAAGAGGAUUACGAUGAAGAUGAUGAGCUUUAUGAUGACAGACAGAGAAAGAAGAAAAGGCGUCAUAAUGCUGGGUUUAUCAUAGAUGAAGCAGGUUUGCUAUUUUACAAGGCUAAUUCUUCAACACAAUGGGGAAAAAUAAAUUUUUGUGAUAUUUACCUAAAUGAUUAUUUUUUGCUCUUUUAGAUGUUGAUGAUGAUUAUGAUGAAGAUGUUGAACCUGAAGAUGGAUACACAGAUUUAAUUGAAAGUCAGUUUUGUUAAAUGUUGUCAGAAUGUGUUUCUCCUAUCACCACUCCCUGGGUUUUGAUUCUUAGACCAGGUUCCAUUGUUCAAAGGGCAGACGAUCAAUCCAACAACGUUAACAAAAUGUGCUGCGCUAUCCACAGGGUGAACAGUCAUCUCGCCACCAGGAAGAGCAUGCUAGUGUAAAUCUGCUGGCGAGGUGACAGUGGAUAGUGUUAUCUGUCUUUUGAACAACCAGGAAAAAGUGUCUCUAAGGAGUUGUUGUUAGAUCUUGUUAGUACUAUGAAAGUUUCUCUUCGAAUUCCUUGGUUUUCCUCUUUAUUUUAUAAAACUAAGCCCCUGAAUUUAAUUGCACACAGAGUUAAUGGACAAAGAGUCACUCCAUGCAUAUGCCAAGAAAGAAUCAUAAUCACAAAGUUAUAGUAGCAGAUUUUGUUUGCUCACACUGUAAAGUGUUGGACUUCUGUGUGGGAGAUCAAGGGUUCAAAGUGUAGCAACACUCAGGGUCUAAAAAUGGUUAAACAUUCAAGUCUUCUCAGAUAAGGACAAUAAGCUGUAAGCCCCAUCUCAUCUUUCCUGUGUUGGUUAGCGGGGGAUGCUAAAGAACCCAGGAACUGCAUGCAAAGAGUAGGGAAUGUAGACCCCAAUGUUGUUGUCUGACUUUGUUAUUGUUUAUACAAGCCCUCAUUCACACCAGCUUUAAGCUGAACUGGGUCCCCCUGUCUAAAUAUCACAAAUACAUACAAAUACAUGUGAUUAAAAUGAAUUGCAUCUUUCUUUUUCAUGCUUUUGACAUGUUUAUUUUUACAUUUUGUGAAACUUUUUCAUUGAAUAAAAAUGCUGUUUUGACUUUCCUCCAAAUAAUCCAAUGUUCUUAAUCAUUUUUGAUAUUUUUUUUGUAGAUGAUAUAGGUGAUGAAGCAAUUGGUGAUGAUUUAUCGGUAUGAAAAAUGUGACCAACUGAUUGUAUAAUGUUGAUCUUGUAUUUCAAUUCCAAAAAGAACAUAAUAUAAUGUUAUGCCUUAGUCACAGAACAUACACACAUAAAUUUUGUAGUAACAAUCUCCCUUCUUAGUAAAUUACUCUUAUGUCAUGAACUGAUGACUGUCUCAUUUGAGAUGAAGUACAAAAUAAUUUUGACCUUGAGAAGGUUCUCAUUGCAGACAACCAUACUAAAAUAUGCAAAUAUUUUUUAGAUGUUCUUGUAUGUGUCUUUUUAUGAUAUGAAUUCAAAUUCAAUAACAACUUUUUUGUCUGUGUCUUAAGGGUGCCAGACGUUUACAGCAGAUGCUUGGGUAUGUAACAAACAUAGCAGCAUAACAUAAUGAUUCAUAAAAUGUCUUUUAAUAGCAUACCACUUCUUCUCUAUGGCUGUUCUUUUCCAAACUGAUAUUGUGCUUGUAUUAUGGGACUGACUGUGAAAAGGAGAGGGGAUACUUUUUGUGGAGAGGUGACUGUCACUUUUAAACUUCUAUUUUCAUUUUGGUUGUAAAGUGACUUCUUUCAUCUAAAAUGACAGUUAAUUUUCCUCUGAUGAAGGGCUGACUCUCAAAACAUCAGCGUUGAAACUCUAUGGUGGCCAAUUUGCAUUUAUCAACUCUGUUGAUGAAACACAACUAUCCAGUUAAUUUUGUUGCAGAGUGUAGUUUCCAGCAUGCCAGAAAUAUCCCAAUUUCCAUAGUUAUGAGGUGCCAGUCAAUGUAUACAUGUACAUUUAGUAGCAAUCACAAUUAAGUCAAUGUCUGUGCACUAGAUCUGAACUCCAUUUUCAUAACAAACCACUUUUCUUAGGUGUUAACAACUACUGGUGUCUAACAAACAACUUAUUCCUUUUCCUUUUUCUCUUGAUUAGAGACAAAAAUGCUGAAGAAUUGGAGGCUUAUUACAAGAAGAAGUUUGCUGAGACAUCUGAAAGGUUGAUACAAAACAUUGCUUGAACUUUACAGUGAUAUUACAAAUUUCAUCUUUUUUUCAUGAUAAUACUUGAGGGCAGAAAAAAUCUCAUUUUAGUUCUGGUCAGGUUUUGCAUCAAUAUGUAGUCAUUCUCAAGCUAAAGGAAGUUGAAUUAUUUUAUACUUAACUCCACAGAUAUAGAGAUGACUAUGAACUGCAGCCAGAGAUUCAACAGCAAAGUCUUCUCCCUGGUGUCAAGUAAGAUACUGAGCUAAGCUCAGUAAUGCUCUCUUUUUCUGUUUUUGUUUCUGUGGUUGUUCUCUUGCUUGGUACAGAGAUAUUUAUAAAUAGCAAUUUUAUUUUUCCUUCUUGAUUGUAAUUUCACAGAGACCCAAAUUUGUGGACUGUGAAAUGCAAGGUGAGGUUAAAAAGGCAACAUUGAGCAGAAUAGGUCGACACUUCUGAACUCUUUAAAUCAUAACAUCCAAUUAGUAAUUCUCCCCUCUUGGUACAUACAUUUCUUUUGGAUCAGUCUGAAUUAUUUGGUGGUAUGGUAAGGUAUUACAAUGUAGCUGAUAGCAUUGUCUCUUCUCAUAACCAGUGUAAAGGAUGAUGAUAAGAAAUCAUAAGGAGAAAUUACCUAUUAAACAGGUUGAAGAGUUAAAGGUUCAAUACUUUUUUGUGCUUGGGCAAGACACUCUACUCUUGCACUGCCUCAUUUUACCCAGGAGUAAGAAUUUAUACCAAACAAAAUUUGAUGAUGGGAAGGGGGUAACCUGUUAUUGAGUGGUAUCCCAUCUAAGGGGUAGUAAUAGUCUUAGUCACUUCAUGCUAAGUUCUGGCUGUAUGGGCCAAUAAAGACUCUACUGGCCCAGUGCAGAUUGUUGUACCUCUCCACCCAUUACAAUGAAUGGAUACUAGCUAGCUUUCAGAGAAACCUGAUAGAUAAUCUUAGGGUAAUCUGUGAUGGACUUUCUUGAAUUGUGUUGUAGUGGUAGGGAUAAGCUACAGCAUUUAUUUAAGCUAGUCUUUUAUGUAUACUCUACCAUACUUAAAUUGUAAUACAACCUCAAAUGUAACAUUGACUGCUUUGAAUGUGUGAUCUAGAUUGGAGAGGAGAAGGCAACAGUCAUUGGCCUGAUGCGAAAAGCCAUUGCUCAGCAAUUCACUGAUGAAGUAAGUAGAUACAGUAAGCACAAUUUCACAAGCACAAUUUCAAAAGCACAAAUUUUCCUCAGCUGCUUGGAGUUGACUAGUACUUGCGGCUCACUUCUGAACUAGCCAAUCAGUACAUACAAAAAGCAUUAUUCACCUUUGUAGUUCAUUUGUAUAUAUAAAUAUUGAUUAUUUCAACUUGUCUUUGAAAACAGCCUCUGCAGAUCAAGUCAGCUGUGGCUGUAGAGGGACUGAAGGGGUAUAUCUAUAUUGAAGCUUACAAACAGACUCAUGUCAAACAGGUAAUGUAUAUGGAGAUGUUAAAAAUGGAACAGUUGAUUAUCAAAAUAAUAUUACUGUGUGCCAUGUCAACUCACUACAGUGUACAACUGCUUCUUGUUUAUAGGCUAUAGAAGGGUUUGGUACUCUGCGACUUGGUAAGUGGCAGCAAAUGAUGGUACCAAUUCGUGAAAUGACUGAUGUGAUGAGGGUUGUUAAAGAAGUCGUGUCAGUUAAACCAAGACAAUGGGUUCGAUUGAAGAGAGGAAUCUAUAAGGAUGAUCUUGCUCAGGUAAACAGACCAAAAGAAAGUUAUGUAGCAGCUAUUGAGAGUUGAAAACAUUGAAAUAGAAUUGAUAUUUGACAUGUGCAUUGUAUGCUUCAAAACAAAGUCAGUGAAUUACAAGGAAUGGAUGGAGUUAAAUUAUUAGGGCAAGGUAAGUCCUAAAAAGGGCAGUUUUUUGUGAGGCUUUUUAGAGUCAUUUUAAGAGUGAAGUGAUUCAAGGUUUGAAAGAGAGUAAAACCUAAGGUUUCUACUGUGGUAUUUAAGUUUUCGUGAGGUUUCCUAAAGUCUGUCAUACUCUAAUUUCUGAUCUCUGCUAAUUUCAUCAGGUGGAUUUUGUGAAUACAGCAAGAAAUCAGGUGAGGCUUUAAACUAAGUGGUGUUUUGAUGAUUACAAUGAUGCAAUUAUUCAUCCUGCCAUUCCAAUCAGUCUCCUAUCUCUUGGUUUUCUCCAAAUGCUUCUCGUCAAGGUGCAUUUGAUCCAAGUUCAGACUACACCUUUUGAUGGAAUCACUGAUGUAUUGACUGCCAUCCAGUUUAAAUGUUUGUCUAUUUAGUACCUCCAGGUAUAAUGCUACCAAAGGAUACCAAUAAAGAAUUACUAAACUUCAUGUGAAAUUAGAUUCUUACAUUACAUAUACUGUUCAUUUAAGGUGACACUGAAGAUGAUUCCUAGAAUAGACUACACAAGAAUGAGAGGAUUAGCUAAAUCAGCUGAGGUACUGUAAGUUACAUGUAACAUUUUGGCUGGAAAACCUUUAGUAAUUGGAAAUAAAAACAAGUAACAGCUUUCAAAUAGGAGUAUAAAAAAUGAAUAUCAAUUGUAAAGUUUUCUCAUUUGUUAUGGAUUAGGAGGGAAGGGAAGGGCUUAGCCAAGAGGGUUAACAGGCUACAAAAUCAAAGCUCCAUAGGAGGCUACUCUGACAGGGAGCUUACUUAUUACUGCUUUCUGUUUUAACUGUGUUUAUGGUAAUUUAUUAUAUCUAUCAGUUAGUAUGUGCUCGAUGAUUGGUAAAUUUAGCACGCUAUAUUUCACUAUAUGGUCCACUAAACUUAAAUGUUUUUGUGGAUGGAACCCAGAGAUAAAAUGAAAAUAUUGCUAACCUUGUUUCCAUGGUCUGUACUCUAAGUUAUUCAACCUUGUUUUUCCCACUCAGAUUUAUGAUCUGAGUGUUUCAUUCUUGGGCGAUAUAUCCAAGCCAAAUACACCUGGUCUAUAACUUACAGUUUAGACCUCAAACUUGGUUAGUAAGAGAUAUUUAUAUGAACAUUUGUAGGAAUAGUUGCAUGGGUAAUCCCUGAAUCAUGCAUACUGUGUACCCUCUCAUCAAAGGAAAGGCUUUUUCCUUUACCUCCUUAUUUUCAUCUUACAAUUUUGUGUCAAUUCAAAAUUUCUAAAGGAUGCUGCAGAAAAGAGAAAAAGGAAAAGGAAGCCACCACAAAAGUUAUUUGAUGCUGAUGCCAUAAGGUUAAUUUUUGUUAGUUAUAAACUCUUCAUUUAAAUUACUGAUUUUUUAGUACACUAUACCUUAAUAUUUUACAAGCUCUCUUGGUAGAUUGAUUCAUCUUUCUUAUCCAUCUGAUUACAAUCAGAUAUAGACCUAAAUAGGGUAACACGACAGUAAAAGCAGCCAUGGCCCUGGCUAAAUAAUCUCAGACAAUAAUCUCAAUCAAACAAAACACCAAUAACACCCCUUAUUGGCAGAAGGCAACCUAAGAGGAAAUUUGUUAAAACUUUUUGAUCUACAGUAAGAACAAAAUUGUUUCUAAUCAUGUUUGCUGUCUCAUGCAGGGGUAUUGGUGGUGACAUUGGACAGGAUGGUGACUUCAUGAUCUUUGAAGGCAGUCGAUAUCGUGGUGGCUUCAUGUACAAGACACUGGCCAUGUCAGCUAUUGUAAGCUUUUUUAAACAUUAAGUGUAACAAAGCUUUAUUCUUGAAGGUUCAUGCACCAGAAACUUAGGGACAUAAAAAAACUAUCUAACAGUUAAGACACUGAAGGCUUUUUACUGGAGGAACCGUCCAUACUGAAAGUUGAUGAUGUAAAUUGGCCACCAUAAAGAAUUUCUUAAGUGGUCAAAGGGCUUAGGCUCAAGAAUGUCAGCUUAAGAAUCUCUUCACAUCUUCAGCAGCAGGAAUUGAUGGUUACAGUCAGAGCAGUUUUUUAAGUUGUAAGAGUCUGUUGUAAUUCCUUUGGUAAGGGUAAAUUAAUUGAAAAUGUUUGUCUGUUUAUCAGGUUGUAGAGGGCAUUAAACCCACUCUGUUAGAGCUUCAGAAAUUUGAAACAGCACCUGAAGAUGUGGAACUGGAAGGUAACAAUUGUAGAUCAGUUGCUGUUUGUAUUGGUGAUGGUGACAAAAUCAAAUGUACAUUUUCCUUUCUGUACGUGUGUUUCACUACAAAUCAUAUGAAAUCCUCAAAAGGUCUGAUGCUCUGUCCUUAUGCAGAGAGGAAUGAUUGAAGUUAAUUUUCAACAAAAAGUUAGAAUCUACUUUACUUGAUCUCCAAUGGGACAUCAUAACAGUGAUGCAAAGAAGUUUUGUAUAUUCCUUGAAACAGCUAGCUUAGAAAUCAUAUGUAGAUGCCAGCUCACUUUGUAACACCUUACAGGGAGUGUAUGUAGUGUUUUCCAUUCAACAAAUAGAUUCCAUGGUGCCAUGCUUCUGUGUAGUAGCAGAUCACAGAUGACACCAAAAUGUGGUAAAAACAAAAAAAAUUGGCAGAGAAGGUUCUUAUCACAUUUUGCCAUCUUCUGUGGUUUCUUACUGAACUGACACAGGACACCAUGAAAUCUAUUUGUUUUAUUAUUAGCCAAGUCGUUCAUGGUAAUGUCAUCUAUGUGUCAGCCCCCAAAAAAUCAUAAGAAAUAACCAAUCAAAGUGCAUGUAUAGGUUAGCUUAUUGUAUAAAGUUAUUUUUUUGUAGUACCAAAAGGUUCAAGGGAAGGUUCAGAUGAGGAAAGACAUACUUUUGUGACUGGUGAUGUGGUUGAAGUUGCUGAAGGGGAUUUGGCAAAUUUAAAAGGCACAGUUCUUAGCAUUGACGGAAACAAAAUCACCAUAAUGCCAAAACAUGAGGAUCUAAAGGUUUGCACAUGUAGAUCUAGCACUUGCUUCUAAUUUUUUAAAUGUACUGCUAUGUUUUGAGUUCAUGUUUGUAAUUGAGUCGAAGGAAAGGGAAUUCGUGUCAAUGAUUCUAGAGUUAUCUUAAAAUGCAUCUUAUUUGAUGGCAUACUUGAUUCUAAUAGUUUCUUUCUCUCUCUUUUGUUUGUCUGACAAAGAGCCAGGUGCAGAAUACAAUGAGUGGCAAACAUUUUGUCAUGCUUCACUAAUUUUGAACAUUUUUUUACAACUUACCUUUAUCUCCCCUCUCCCCCUUUUCAAUGACACGUGUUGUUCACAAAACGGUGACCAGUUUCUUGAAACAUUGUUUGGGGGAAAGGGGGACUUUCAAGGAACUUAUGAAGGGGAAUUAUGUGAUUUCUGUUGGUUUUGUUGAGUGGAGGGUUGUUGACCACUAACAGAGGCAGGGCAAUGCCUUGACUACUUUUUCUACUCAUUGUUAUGGUCACUAAAUACUCCCCUUUUCUGUGGUGAAGCACAACAUUUGAAAAAACUUCAAAUCAACCUGUUUCUUCUGACUCCCCUCCCCCUCCUCCCUUUAUGUAAGUAAUGACUGAUCCUUAAAUAGUUUUAAAUGAACUCUUCAACAGCCUGUGUGGAAUUUUAAUCAAGUCGAAUAGAAUAAUAACUGGAGCUCUUGUUUAAGGCGUGGACAAAUACUUGCAUCUCUCUGAAACUUAUCACUUCAUACAUCAACUUCGAGAAUUCCAGCAACUUAUUACAGCUGUUAUUUCGUUUCACCUCUUAUCUUUCAGGAUCCAUUAGAAUUCCAGGCACAAGAACUGCAAAAACACUUCAAGAUGGGUGAUCAUGUCAAGGUUAUAGGUGGUCGGUAUGAAGGGGACACUGGUCUGAUUGUUAGAGUGGAAGAUAAUAUGGUGGUACUUUUUGCAGAUCUAACAAUGCAUGAGGUAGGUAUGCAGCUUAGUUAGCCCUUACACUUACAACAUCCGAAUAGCUACUAUUCAGUUGUCAAAAUUGUUGAAACAUUUCCCUCCUUUUCCCCUCGUCAGUGAAGGUCUGAGGAAAAUCGGAGCAGCCGAAGAAAUGUAGCAUUACGAGGGAAGCGGAGUGUUUCGAGAAAAUCUAACGAGUGUUGUACAUGUAGUCUCCCCUCAGCUGCUUUAGGGUAUUUAACUUGUUGCUGGCAGUUUGUGUGCGUUUCAAAGAUGGGGUCGGAAUCAGAGAAACUUUCCUUUUUUUGUCGGACAGGUCCAACCGAGAAAAGUGGUCCACCUCGAAAGGGGGAACGGUUUUUGCUACUUUUUCGGUUGGACCGAACCGAUCUAUUCAGUUUUAGACCGAAAUUUUGGUUUGAGCCCUUGGUGACCAUCCCCUUGACAUAUAAGUCUGUGGAGUGACUUUUCAGCCACUUAAAAUCUUAAUCCUAUAAAUGUGGAGCUUAAAAUAUUGAAAUGCUGUGGUCUCUGUUUACAUUGUAGCUCAAAGUUUUACCCAAAGAUCUUCAGCUAUGUACAGAAAGGAGCAGUGGAGUGGACUCCAUGGGACAACAUCAGUGGGGAGACAUGGUCCAAUUGGAGUAAGUUUGCGUUCAAACCAAACUUAGACAAACCUUUGUUCUCUUUAAUUUUUUGUUAACGUAUUGAUGAUGAAUGCAUUUUCAAAUGUUGAGGCUUCUUUUUUUUCCUUUGUAGUCCUCAGACAGUGGGAGUUAUCAUUCGUCUUGACAGGGACAUGUUUUCAGUGUUGAAUCAGCAUGGAAAAGUAAGUUUUAAGAUCGCAUUUUUAUGGCCAACUCGUGUCUACGUUUACUCACCUUUAUGUGUCGUAUCCGAGCGGAAAUUGCUGAGGCAAGUCUCAACAAACUGGCCUGACAAAAAAGGUUGUCCAAAGUAAAUCGGACGAUCUGAGUUGGUAGCAUGUUGUAUGGUUUUCAACUAUCAGGGCUCCAAGCUCCACUUUUUUUCCUCAGAGUCGCCAGUUAGCGACCUAAAAUUUUGAUAUGGAGGCUAAAAUAUUAUUUCAGUCGCCAGAAAAAAAUAAAAGACAUUUUGCGCUAUGUUACAUGACAUACUAAACUGCAAGCCACACCGCUUGUGUAUCGAUGAGGAUGACAUGCGUUUCGGAAAUUCACUCAUCAUCCCAAGGCUCAAUACUUAGGUCACAGAGGCAAAAAGAGAACUUUAGUUUUUCUUGUAGAAUGAAACGAUGAAGCAUGAGUAAUGUUUUUUUUAAUGGAAAUAUUUACCUCUCUUGGCUUCAGACCAUAGAAUACCAAAUUGUGAAAGGGUUACAACAUACUUCAUGGCCGCUAACUCACGUCGACAAAUUGGAGCCUUGUAUAACAAAUCUAGUUGCCAGGUUAAUCAUAUGAGAAAAAUGUCCUUCGCUGCUCCCAAUUUUUAGGUUAUUCAAGUAAAGCACCAGGCAGUGGGAAGAAGAAGAGAAAACAAAAACGCUGUAGCAUUGGAUUCUGAACAGGUAAACACUAAGUCAUGUUGUAAAGACAUUUCAGAAAAACCAAACUAAAAGUACUUUUAUCAUGUAGCUUGUUACAACAAUUGCAAUCAUCAUGACAACCAGUACUUCAAUGUUAUCAGCAGGUGUACUCGUCGUGUAAGAAUAAUGAGACAGACUAUGUGCUUUCUGCGGAGAGUGUCAUUUUUCUCGCGCUACUUUGUAGUUUCCCAUGUAAAGAAAAGUUAGGUGUUGUUUUAGGCGCUAAAUGCUAAAGAGACAAUGGCACGGCCUUAAGCGCGGGUAGAGGGGAGCUUUUAUCAGUAUACAUUAUGGUAUUUGCUCUUAUAGGCGAUAAUUAAAUAUAUAUUAUUUUUGUUUUCUUAUUUCUCUAGAACACUGUUCAAGUCCGAGACAUAGUGAAAGUCACUGAAGGUCCGCAUGCUGUAAGUAACCAACAUUUACCUGAUAUUUGAGUAUUAUACUCGAUACUUUCCCUGAACAGGAAGGCUUAAGGCUUAUCUCUCAAUAUAAAAUCUUAAUUUUCUUUUCAGGGUCUGCAAGGAGAGAUCAAACAUCUUUACCGCAGUUUUGCCUUUUUAUCCUCCAAGAUGGUCAUUGAGAACGGUGGAGUCAUUGUAUGCAGGACGAAACAUCUUGUACUGGCAGGGGGUGGAAAGGUAAUAACUUGUCUCACGCAGCGUGCGGCGUAAUCGUGGGAACUUGAAUAGCAUUAAGAGAGAUAUUUGUGAGAGAAAGGGCCAGGAUGAGAAAAAGGAAAGAGAUGAAAUGGAAAUUUCCAAUCAUUUUUUAUGUCCUUACCUUUAUCCUAGGCGGCUUCAAAUACGUUAGGAAUCAGUGGAUUUGCUCCAGCUUCACCACGAAUAACGAGUCCCGCCAGAGAAGGAGGUGAGUGUUCAUAUACACUCUAUGUCUCUUUUUGAGUUAGAAGUGCAUCUGAUGGAGAGCAUUUCGAUUGAUUAGUGGGAAAAUAAAAACAUAAGUUAAUGCAACGGCAACGGCAACAAACCAAAAAAAAUUUAUCCCAGCGCCCUGCAAAGGACUCGAAGAAAGGAACAAACAAAAAUUGCCUGGCAGGCGGAAAAAUGCCAUUGAUCAAGUCCCGAUAGAUUCUAGUUUUGCAUCAGAUUGGCCUUGAGGGUAGUCUUAGAGGUUCCAAUUAAAACCGGGUACCGCGGGCCUUUAAGACCUCUUACCGCCGUCUUUUUAGCUUGUGAGGCUAAAAAGGGCUCUCGUCUUUAGAUUCUCUUUACGGCCCUUUUCCUGGGCACAGCUGCCUAUUACACCAUCGGCGGCCGCUUGUGGAAAAAUUUAUUGAAAGUCUUGGGUAAUCUCCUUUGUAACUGUUUUCAGAGUUUUCAGAGGUGUUACAAAACUCUCUCUCCCCCUCCCCAUCCCCCACCGGAAAAAAGGACGGCCUUUGAAGGACACUACCUUGAGGAUGACGCAAGAAUUAAAGAAAUCCUGGAUUCCAGUAGUCACUCAAUUUUAAAAAUAUUGCUCUGAUGACGAGCUUUGUUGUCUUAGCUGGCGGAGGUGGUGGUGGCGGCCGAGGUGGACAUAGAGGAGGCAUGGGUCGGGGACGUGGCCGCGGAGGUCGCGAUAUGUCGCUGAUUUCCAAGACUGUUCGAAUCUCACAAGGGCCAUAUAAAGGUAAAUAUCUUAGGCUGUUAAAAAGCGUGAAUGUUCUGCUUUUUUAGCUUGAUGAUCGUUUGUUGAAGUUGAAAUCAUUUAAGGGCCCAGCGUGACUCGAAUUUCUAAAACUGUGGUUGAUUGAGCGCCGGAACAUUCCCUAAGACAAGUUUUAUUUAGUAUCGUAAAUGUCGAAGUUGGUUGAGCUCGUUUAUUGCUUAACUCAUUUACGAGUUCUCUGUAGCCCAGAGGUGGAGUAUCAGCCGCAAAAUUAGAAAGUCGCAAGUCCGAAUCUUGGUGGAGACUCAGGUGUUUUCUUUGCUCCACGCACGAAAUAACUGCCUAACAUCAUUCUAUAUUGGAAGACCUUGCUCAAAACGUACAACCUUUUUAAAUCUAUUUACACACAAACAGUGCUUUCAACAUUGUUGAUCCUAACUGAUUAAGGUCGCCUACUAAUGUGUAUUAACCUUGUAAAUGAACUAGUUCUUCACAGAGUUCUCUGGAACUCCGUUGUAGAGCAUCGAAACGCUAGAUCGAAGGGGUCAGAUUCAAUUUCUAUUGGGAGACUCGUAUUUUAUAUUUUUCCCGCGCACAUGAGCAAUGAGUUGAACAUCUUCCUUUUUACUACAAUACAGCAGCAGGCCGAUUGGUGAAAAGAGCUAAAUUCUAGUCAAAUCUGGUUCUUGUUUGACGUUGAAAAUAAGCUACAUGAUGAAAUUGUAUGUUUGCAUGCAGGAUAUGUUGGUAUCGUGAAAGAUGCUACAGAAACUACUGCUCGGGUCGAGCUUCACAGCAGCGUAAAGACGAUUUCUGUCGACAGAAUGAGACUCACUAUCGUUGGGUAAGCUAAUAGCUUCAUCAUGGUUUGUGCAUGUUCUUGCAUCUUCGUCAUUGACAAUCCGUGUCCACCCUGGCCAAUUUUGGCCAACUUUGGCCAUCCUUGGCCAUUCUUGGACAUCAUUACUCUCUUGUGGUUCACCGUAAAUGUUCCAGUAAGUUUUUGGUGCUGAGCAUUGGUAAAGAGAUGGGCCUCAAAGAGGGGGGGAUUGCUGAAUCGUUUAUGGUAUUCGUGCUUUUUGGUGUUGAAUUAUUUAAUUUUUGAAGGUUUCUGUCAAAUUACCAAUAUGUUUCAUCGACUAAGAGAAAUACUCAGAAGUAGAGAAUAUCCAGAGGUAGCUUCCUUAAAAUCGCCGACAAUGCUUCAGUGAAUAUAUGCUUAUUUGUUUAAUUUUUUGAGCUAUGGCAUUGGGCUAAAUUGGAAAUAGGAUCCUUUUUCGGAUCAGUCUGUACCGAAGUGAUUCCUGUCUUUUGUCCAACAUGUAGGGUAAUUGUACUCAAACAUCAUGUCCAUUGAAAUUCUUAGACAAAUGGUAACAUGUCAUCUUAUUUCAUUUCCAGUGGUCGACCCAGCCAAGGCAGCUCUGUUUACAAGAGUACGCCUAUGUAUGGCUCCCAAACACCAAUGUACGGUGCCCAGACUCCCAUGCACGGCUCACGGACGCCCAUGUACGGUUCUCAGACCCCAACUCAUGGAGAUGGUAUGAGACCUAAUAUAUAAAGCUCAGACUUAAUUUUUUUCCUCAUUAGAUACUAAGCCAUACUACUGCUAUUUCCCUAUUCUCUGAUUGUAGGAAGCCGCACGCCACAUUAUGGCUCAAUGACGCCUUCGCACGAUCCUUCGCGCACUCCGCUUCACGGAGGAGCUUGGGAUCCCACGCAGCCAAAUACUCCAGCGCGCAACGAUGACUUCGAUUACAAUUUUGACACGUCUACCCCUUCCCCUGGGGUAAGUUUUGUCCUCACUCUUGUGUUUCCUCUUUUGAAUGGGACUUUCUUGUACUUAACAGUGUGUUAUUGAUGACAUUCUUUAGCGUUUUGCACCACAUCUAAUUGAAGGAUAAUUUUUUCGCCAUGGGAUGAACCAAGUUUCUGUCCCGCCAUUUGCAUUUCAGUCAAAAUGAAAAUGUGUUUACUUUCUCGUGAUGCAGGUCUAUGGAACUCCCAACCCAGCAACUCCAGGGGGAUACGGUGGCCCGUAUACUCCCAAUACCCCUGGUGGUGGGAUGUAUGGCUCGGAGCCCACUUACUCUCCGUACACACAGACCCCAUCUCCGGCCGGAUUUGGUAAUCCCAUGACCCCUGGGAGUAUUGCUCCAAUAUCACCGGCAUUUAAUCCACACACCCCUGGGGCCGGCAUGGAAGAGUCGCACGCUGACUGGGUCACGACUGAUAUCGAAGUGCGAAUUAAUGAAAACCACGAGGUAAGUUUCAGUUUCACGCUUUGGUGUCAAUUCAGUCAGUAUUUCGAUCAGUUAAAGGGAGUUCUCGUAGUCUCCACUUAAACUAACGUCUGUCAAUAAAACCAAUAUCAGAAGGUCGUUUCAAGUGAAAUUUAAAAUUUAAGCAACGCCUUUUCUGCUUUGGGGAUUAUGUCAAUGAUUAAUUUUUCGUUUCGUUUGCCUUUCUGGAGAAUGGUGUGUUUGUGUUAGAAAAACAGGAUAAGCGCCUACAGCCCCUCACAAAAUAUUACGCUAAAAAACCUACAAAAACAAAAAUAAACAUGGUUGACGCUCAUUUGAAUAAAUUUUUGUGCCAAGGACCCUCAGUUGAUGGACAAAAAAGGCGUGGUCAGAACUGUGUCAGGAAACACGUGCACCGUGUAUCUGUACGACGAAAAACGGGACGUCAGUGUUUCAAUUAACAAUGUGGACCCUGGUCAACCAGCUAAGCAGGAUAAGGUAUUCUUCGAUCAUCUUUCAUUUACUGAUGCAUACUGACUUGAUGUGAUAAUCUGAAGGUAAAAAUAUCAUAACUAUUUUGCGUAGAUCAGAGGUUUAGGUAGUCACGUCGUGAACUGUAGAGGCAUACCUUGACAGAGACGCCCAAUUCCUGACUUUUGCAAGACUCCUCAAAUCACUUCCACUGAUGUCUAAACACAGGUCCAUCAUCCACGGCCAACAGACUUCAACAUAAACAAACAAAUUUCCAAUUCAUUCUGUGGUAGAUUUCUGCUCAGAUUGUCUAGCUUGCAUUGCUGGCGGUUUUAGGGCGCUCGAUGAAAAUUAUGGCGGCACAAUUCUGAUAUCGAUUGGCGGAAUUUUGAGGUUUUUCCAUCUCACACCUAUUGCGGCUUCGCCGCCUAACGUUUCAAAUCACUUACAAAAGCGCCAGCUACACAGGCGAAGGUUAUUCAAUGACCAAUGGGAGUCGUCUUCUGGACAAAUUUAAUUGAAUGACAUCGCGUGACCCUAUCUCAUUGUUUACAGGUGAAAGUCAUCUUUGGAGACGAUCGUGAACGCAUAGGAACUCUGAUCAACAUCGACGACCCGGAUGGGAUUAUUAAGAUGGAACAGACAGAGCAGCUCAAGAUUCUACCGCUCAAAUUUUUAGCUAAAAUUGGACAAACCGUUUGAGCUCAAAUUUAUAAUCAUUAUGUUCAUUGCACUUCCUUGUAUUGUGAAAUGGAGUUUAAAAUGUGAAAUCGAGUAUACAUUUAAACUUAGGCGAUUGGGAUCACACAGGAAAGGGAAGUCUGAUAAACUGUAGGUUUAUUUAGAUGUCAGACCGAAAUAACCGAAUAAAGGUGUUUCUUUAAUGAAUACUUGUAAUUCUUGUUGAACUAUCUUAAUAAAGUUGUCAUUCAGUG